UCAGGAGUCGCCGGGCGUUCUCAGUUCCUUCGAAAGUUCUGUAUUCUAUCACUUGCUCCGCAAAUUCUUCAAAAUGGUAAACCUCAGUACCGUAAUUGGUAAAUUCUUUGAUGAUUACAUCAAUCACACGCCGAAGAAGCUGAAAAUAAUCGACGCCUACCUGAGUUACAUUAUGCUGACCGGCAUCGUCCAAUUUGUUUACUGUUGCCUCGUUGGAACCUUCCCGUUCAAUUCAUUCCUUUCUGGAUUCAUAUCGACGGUUAGCUGCUUCGUCUUGGGUGUUUGUCUACGGCUACAGGUCAACCCUCAAAACAAGUCCAUUUUCCAGGGGAUAUCGCCAGAACGUGGAUUUGCAGACUUCAUUUUCGCCCACGUCAUUUUGCAUUUGGUUGUAAUUAACUUCAUCGGCUAAGCGUUAAAGAUAUUCCUUUUGGUUCCAAAAUUGUUUAUGAAUUAGUUUUCAAUCUGCACGAAUCUUUUUUGUGAAAAUAUACAAGAGUUUAGUUAUAGGAGACCGAAAA